CCUAGAGAACAGGACCCGGUUGAUUCAGAAUCAAUCCAGCGUGCAAUGCGAUUGAUUGUUCGCCUUGGACAACCGUUCAGCGCAUUCCUACUAGCGCGCCAGCGCGGCAAAGAAUACAAGAGAAUCGCAUCAGAUCAUGAUAUCGUUGCACAAGUCAAAGACGUGAAUUGUGUUGACAGUAUGAUGGACUCCAUUAGGAUACCAGAGAUAUUGUAGUCGUAGUACGUACUCAUUUGUUUUGAUAGAGAUAGAUCCUUCAGCAGGUUUCAUUCUCGAUAUUUCCUCCUGUACAUUUGUACUAUUUACUGACAAAGUUGAAAGGUCGGCCCUCCGCCAUGGGUCGGUUCAGCCAUAUGGACAGGCAGAGAUGUGCAAUAUGUACACUGAGCAAUGUAUUGGCCGCC